UGCAGUUUACGAUGCAGGUUAUUGUCCUCCUAACAGUGCAGACAGUAUGAAUGGAUCGAGAAGGCGGUCCCCCCGGUGACGAAUGCACAAUUGCAAUAUGGGAAGGGGGCGGAUCCAGCACCAAAUGUCUACCCUGGACGGCCACGGAUUUCACCCCUGCAAAUAGGGUUGAAACGGGACCAUGGGUACCGAAGGACCGCUUUGGAAAAAAGUUCAGUCUUUCACCGGGCCGGUUCCGCGAUCCAGGCAUGGGCAUAGGGCCGUGGCCAUCCGGGAGCUGAUCAUCAUCUUCGGGGGAGGGAACGAAGGGAUCGCCGAGGAGCUGCAUGUUUACAACACCGUGUCCAGACAUUGGUUCCUGCCGGCGGUGCGAGGGGACAUCCCUCCGGGCUGCGCCGCCCAUGGCUUCGCGUGUGAGGGGCAUCGGGUGCUGGUCUUCGGCGGGAUGCUCGAGUAUGGAAAGUACAGUAACAGCCUCUACGAGCUGCAGGCCAGCCGGUGGCUGUGGAAGAAGCUGAAGGCCAGGCCCCCCAGGAACGGAGCACCCCCAUGCCCCCGCAUCGGACACAGCUUCACCCUGAUAGGGAACAAGUGCUACCUGUUUGGGGGUCUGGCUAAUGACAGCGAUGACCCCAACAGCAAUGUCCCCAGGUACCUAGGUGACUUCUAUGAGCUGGAGCUCCAAGCCUCGUCUGGGGUGAAGGGCUGGAACGUGCCGGAAACAAAGGGUGGGGGGCCCUCGGCCCGGGAGUCCCACACUGCCGUGGCCCACUGCAGCAAGAGCAGCUACUCGCCCAAACUCUACGUCUUCGGGGGGAUGAGCGGACAGCGGCUGGGCGACCUCUGGCAGCUGGACAUCGAAACCAUGACCUGGUCAACCCCUGAAACCAAAGGUCCGCCUCCUUUUCCCAGAAGCCUUCACUCUGCCAACGUCAUUGGAAACAAGAUGUACAUCUUCGGGGGCUGGGUUCCCGUGUUGAGGACUGAUGACAAGCCAAAUGCUCUGGGAGAGGAGUGGAUUUGCACCAGCUCCCUGUCUGUGCUAAACUUUGACACCAUGACGUGGACGAGUUUGGGGCCUCCAGAGCCAGAGGCUGAAGGGUCGUCCAGCGGCCCGAGGGCCAGAGCUGGUCACUGUGCCACCACCAUUGGCUCCCGCCUUUACAUCUGGAGCGGCCGUGACGGAUACAGGAAGAGCUGGAAUUACCAGGUGUGCUGCAAAGAUCUGUGGUAUCUGGAGACAGAGAGACCCUGUACUGCAGCCCCCGUCAUGCUGGUUAAGGCCACCAUCAGCAUGCUCCAUGUGGCAUGGCGCCCCCUACCUGCCACCGAGAGCUACCUGCUGCAGAUUCAGCCUGUCACUCCCUCCCAGCCGUUGCCUCGAGGUUCUGCCUCAUCGCCUUUGGGUCAGCAGUCGGGUCGUAUCCCAGGGGUGGGGGCAGACCCUAAUACAGGAGCUCCGCUUUCCCAGGGUCUUACAGAAGUACAUGGGAUAUCUCAUCAAGGGGGGAACGUCGCCCCCUGUGGCCAGGGACCCUCGUCCGGCAGAUCUGAGGAGGUAUUCAUGGGAGCGCUGAAUUGCAGUGAGAAGCCCUCGAACCAUGAGCCGAUGGACACUUCAGAAAACAGCUUUCUUCAAGGGACAGUGUCAGUUACAAAGGAAAACAGUUUGGGCCACAUUAUUGUCAAUCCGGUUUCCAUGGAUACAGAGGAUGGAGCUCAAGAUCGAGGUCACUGUGUGCCAAAUGCUACACCAGGAACCACAGUUUCUACAUCCAAGACCCAAGCAGGCCUGGUGGCAGCGCCGGGCGGUAACCCGUGUGACUCCACGUGGUACGACGUGGGGCUGUUUAAAACCCUGUUCUCUGAAGUCACCCACUACAGCCUCCCGAGUGAGAACGGGCUGGCCGUGGCGGGGAAGACGCCCGAUUCUCAGGACCCCGAGUGCAGGGCGAGGCGGGAGCUGGCCCCUGGGGUCCUUUACAGGUUCAGGGUGGCGGGGGUCAACUCCUGCGGACAGGGGGACUUCAGUCCCCUAGUGGAAUUCAAAACUUGCCAACCUGGCUUUCCUGGAGCGCCCUCUGCUGUCAAAAUCACAAAGGCAACUGAUUCCGUGCAUAUCACCUGGGAGCCGCCUACUUCCCCAUCUGGAAAAAUCCUGGAAUACUCCAUGUACCUGGCAGUCCGGAAGUCCCGCUCGAACAGCACCACUGUGCCGCUAGACUUCAUCCGGAUAUAUCGGGGCAUCAAGACUGCUUGCAACGUCACCCAGACGCACCUGAGCAAUGCCUACAUCGACUGCUCGGGCCGUCCUGCCAUUGUCCUCCGCAUCGCCGCCAAGAACGAGCAGGGCUACGGUCCUGCCACGCAGAUCCGGUGGCUGCAGGGUACAGACUGCCCACUGCUUUCACCGCGUGCCACUGGGCGUAGGUAGGCUCCCGACUGAAUAUUUCAGGACAGCGCCCCCUGCUGGGGAAGUCAGACUCCGAGCCCCAUGCUGUCUCUGCCUGUGCAGAGAUUACAAGGUGGUGGCUGAAGGAAGGAGAUGGAGCCAAGACAAGAAUCCCAGCCCAUAAUCGGAAAGAAGCAGAUAUAUAGGGGCUCAAGCAGCGUUUGCUGUAGGAUCCCUGUUGUUUUUAUGUUUGAAUUUACCUCUCAGUAAUAGCGCCCCGCGAUUAAUGCUCACCGGAACAUUCUAAGUGAUCAUGAGUUUAAUUUGUCAGGUUUUUUAAUUUUGUCAUUGGAUGCCGACGAAUUUUGCAUUCAAAUACAAGCAGACGGCGUAACAAUGCGAAGCCAGUGAGAUACGGGAAGCAGAAAGUUGGAAAUGCGUUGAGUCUGUAAGCUGUGUGCUUUGGAGAGGAUGAAAGCGCGAUCAUUUUCCCGUUUAUCCUCGUCUAAACAAGCCGCAGCAUCACGUACAUCCACUUCGGCAUGCAGUUGCAAUGUUUAUUUCUGGUUUUGAACUCUACCUUAAAAGAAAACUUGCCAAAUCGUGGACCGUAUUGCUAGGUUUUUGCAACAAGUUUUUAAAUACUGUUUUUAUAUGUUGCGUGUACGAACACGAUCGGUGGCGUUAAUCGUCUGUCACCUGUAUUUUAAUUUAAUUUCCUUUCAGCAGAGCUUGUGCUUGUCAGAAUGAUAGACUGGUUGUCCUCUUCCAUUUCACCACUGACCAGCGUUGCCCUUCUCGCAUAAGGUUUACCACCCCUGCACGUUACACUACUACAACCCGCUGGAUUUUUUAUUUUCCCGAUAAUAGAGUAACCCUGUGUUAAAUGGAGAAGAAGUGGCAUCUGAUUGGUGAACCAAUUGCUCCGUUAUGUGUGCUUUUAAAUUUUUUUGUGCCUUAUCGUGCAGCGGGAUUGUUUGCUGGGUAACCUGCACGGUGCACUUAUCGUAUGAGAGUCACUGGAUUAUAUGCAGUGUUACGAUUUGAGCACCGGUGGAUGCAAGGUUGUUAGGUUGUGCCAUGAAUUGUUCUAGCCUAGAACCUCUUAUUCCUGCGUGCGGUCAAUCAAGGGGAUAUAUUCCUGUGGGGGGCGCUGUUCACUUUUCAGCGGUUCUCUAUCGUAUUUAGUUGUACGUACGUGCAAUAAGAGAUUUCAGUCAAAUUCCGUUUAUAAAUUUAGCUUUGGUUAUUUACUCUGAGCAGGUAGAAGUAGACCUACUAUUUUGCUAUAUGUGCCAGUUAUGUUUUCGUUAAGCAUGGAGGUUGAUCGUAUGGGGGGGGGGGGACGACGUGCAGUUUAAGUUUUAAAAAAGGGCUGCGGUUUGUGCAGUUUUAAUCAUUCGUAUUUAUCAGGCACCUUAAUUGUUAGUGUAGUCGUGCGGACGUUUACUUUUGCCAAGAGACUGGAGACUUUUAUUAGAAUCUGUGUAUUUCCGUAUUACUGAGAACGCGCAUGUAAACACAGCAUUAAAGGUUUAAAAGGCUUGUUUUGUUGGUCGAUUGAGGUUUCCGUGUGGAAGGGGUAGCCCUGACCGCCAUUGUCUUGCGGUUGGAUGGUACUCCUAGGCUGUUUUAACCCCUCGCCGAUCCGUUAUCUGUGAACUUACAACGGGGAUGCCAGUUUCAUUUAUUAUCAAUUGAUUUCCACAUAAUGAAACCAGAUGGGCUUAAUGACAGGUGUCCUGCCAUGUUUCUAUUCCCCUGAAGCUGAUUAUUUGUUGUCAGUGGUUAUCUGAGGUUACAGGAUGUUUGAAAUCUGCGGUAGUUCCAUGGAGGCUGUAUGAAGCCACAGAGACGCUUCUCCUAGCCGAAGGCUGCAUGUGACAAGCCACAAUUUAAACUUCCCCUUCCGUCCCGUGGCUCCGAUCAGACGGUGCUUCCCCCUUAGUUCGUUACUUUAAGUUUCUCAAACGUCGGGGUAGCUGUAUAGUCACUCGGUGAACGUGUGUGUAUGUACUCCGUUAAUUUUAGGCGGUGGAUCUGCGCUGUUUAAACCCCGAUGUCACAGUGAACUAAGUGGUGUUGAAGACAAUGUCAUCAUCCAUAAGUGAAUUCAAAACGAUGCAGGUAUAGUUUUCUUUCAGGAUUGCUGCCAUCCACCGACGCUGCGUAUUAACUAUUUUGCGCAAAGAAAGAAAAAAAUAAUGUAAAACAGGACACGACCUGAAUCUGGCUCUUGCCAGCGCAAGUAACGUAUCAAUAUUUGAUCACGAAAAACAAUAAAUUUGAUAAAGCCUCA